AAAGUGCACGGGAAUGAAAAUGAAGUACACCCAGAGUGUGUUCGUAAAAUCAUUCUGGAGUGCCAGAUCGCGCUCAAAGUGCGCUCUGGGCGUUCGUAAAUCCAGAGCGUUGUCAGAUUGUCCAUUAGUAAAUCCAGAGCGUAGUCAGAUUGUCCAUUCGUAAAUUCGGAGCGUUCAGAGGGCACACAGGUUGAGGAGUAGGGUUGAUCCGAGCGUUCUGGCCUCCCAACGGCAGUCAAGCACCCAAGCUAACGUUGGCUAGCUUGCUAGCUACUCCAAGACACAAACGAGAGAAUACUUCACUCUCACCAUUUUACUCUCCCUUGCAGAAGUGGUUUAGGCUGUUUCAUGUUAUCCAUUCCCGGUGACUGUAACUGUGCUGCUGACAACAAUUUAAUAACGUUUUUUUUGCCGAAGUUUACCGACACCGGACGUAUUCAACGGGUGUUGAGCGUUCUAAAUUCAGCAUUUAUUCUACGCUCUGACACACUCAGACGAGAUUUCUCAGAAAGCGGAGUAGAUGGCCAGAGUGAAUUUACGAACGCACCCACAGUAGCCAAUACCACUUGGUACUCUGUUUUUGGAACACCCAAUCGGCUAGCGUCAACAACUGACAAGAAACCAAUCGUUGAAUGACUUUAUAAUCUAUGGGCGGGAACACGCCAUGUUUUUCAGGAAGUUGAACCCUCGCUGUGCAGUAAAAACAACAAUAUACGAAACGUCUAAUUUCAAUAACGUUUAACCUAUUUUUCAUAUUAAUGCGUUGUAAAGGCAAGUCUGAACUUCAUCCAACUUUUGUGUGCAUUUUCUCACGUUGUGUUUCCAGGUAGAUGUAAUUUGCUAAAAGCUCACAAGUUAGCUGUAGCAGCAAACGUUAGCCACCAUAACGAGUCCGUCAAGUCAGUGGUGUCCCAUGCGUGGAGCCCUGUGUUACUGAUAGGGUGUUAUUUGUGUCUACACAACUUCUCGUUUCUUCGGUUUGAGAUAGUUGGGUGUAACCGAAAGGUGAUAUAACAUGCAUUCGGUGUGCCUUCUUUAGCUUGUUCAUCAUGAAGAAUAAAACAUACAAACUCGUGGUGCACAAGAAAGGCUUUGGAGGCAGUGAUGAUGAGCUGGUGGUGAACCCCAAGGUGUUCCCUCAAGUUUCCCUUGGGGACAUCAUUGAGAUUGCACACCCCACAGAUGAAUACAGCCCUCUCUUGCUGCAGGUGAAGAGUCUCAAAGAAGACCUCCAGAAAGAGACAAUCAGUGUGGACCAGACGGUGGCGCAAGCCUUCAAACUCCGGGCAUACCAGGAUGUCAUUGUAAACAUUGUGGAUCCAAAGGAUGUAACUCUGGACCUUGUAGAGCUCACGUUCAAAGACCAAUACAUUGGAAGGGGAGACAUGUGGCGCCUGAAGAAGAGUCUGGUGAGCACCUGUGCUUAUGUGACCCAGAAAGUGGAAUUUGCAGGGAUCAGAGCCCAGGCCAGUGAGUUAUGGGUGAAAGGAGAGAAAGUCACCUGUGGCUACAUCAGUGAAGACACCAGGGUGGUGUUCAGGUCGACCUCUGCCAUGGUGUACAUCUUCAUCCAGAUGAGCUGCGAAAUGUGGGACUUUGAUAUCUACGGGGAUCUCUACUUUGAGAAAGCAGUCAGUGGUUUUUUGUCUGAUCUUUUUGCCAAAUGGAAGGAGAGGUAUUGCAGCCAUGAAGUGACAGUGGUGCUUUUCUCACGCACUUUCUACAAUGCUAAAACCUUGGAGGAGUUUCCUGAGAUAUUGAGAGGUUCCAUCAGACAGGACCACGAAGGCCGUUUCUAUGAAGAUUUCUACAGGGUAGUGGCUCAGACUGAGAGACGUGAUGAGUGGACCUCUCUACUGGUCACCAUCAAGAAGCUCUUCAUUCAGUAUCCUGUCUUGGUGCGGCUAAAAGAAGCGGUUGGUUUCCCCUCCGGCCAUAACUCUACUGCUGCUCAGGGGAAUUACCUUGAGGCCAUUAACCUGUCUUUCAACGUCUUUGACAAGCACUACAUAAACCGCAACUUUGACCGCACCGGUCAGAUGUCUGUGGUCAUCACGCCGGGGGUGGGCGUGUUUGAAGUGGACCGACUGCUCAUGAUCCUAACCAAGCAGCGCAUGAUUGACAAUGGUAUCGGUGUAGACUUGGUGUGUAUGGGAGAGCAGCCACUUCAUGCAGUGCCUCUAUUUAAGCUGCACAACAGGACAGUGCCUGGAGACUCACGACUGGGGGAUGACUACAACCUGCCCCACUGGAUCAACCACAGCUUUUACACAUCCAAAAGCCAGAACUCCUGCAGCUGCUUCACUCCUCGCAUCAAGCUGGCAGGACGCAAGCUCCAUGCAGAAAAAUUCAAGAACAACAAAGAGCACACUCUUGGGGCUCCGAAGGACGAGAACAGCCUUCCCAUCCAGGUGGACUACGAUGCCCAUGAUGCACAGGUGUUCAGACUCCCCGGGCCGUCCCGAGCCCAGAGGAGCACCAACUUCAGGGUGGUCCGAGAGAGGGAAGUGAGUGGAAGGAGAAGCUGGGGGUCUGCGGAUGUGAGUGGGGUUCUAGGGGGCGGUGUGUCUCCCCCUGUCCGCUCUUGUGGGCCUGACGAGCAGCGGAGCCUGGCCUCUGAUGACAGCCUGGGCAGGGUGUCCAACAUCCUGCUGAUCCCCCGUCUGCCCCCAGCCCAGUACGGAGAGGUCAGCAGCUCCCUGGGCUACACCAGCACCAGAGAGUUGUUGGAGAAGAUGAUGGAAUCUCAGCGGGACUCCAGUGCUCCGGGGAGGUUCACUGUGGGGAGUGCUGAGUCCACCCUCCAUGUGCGCCCAGGGGGCUACACCCCUCAGAGGGCCCUCAUUAACCCCUUCGCCCCCUCACGCAUGCCCAUGAAGCUCACCUCCAACCGCAGGCGCUGGAUGCACACCUUCCCUGUGGGUCCGUCAGGAGAGGCCAUCCAGAUCCACCACCAGACCAGACAGAACAUGGCUGAACUGCAGGGCAGCGAGCAGAGAGACCCCGCCCACACCUCCGCUGAACUCUUGGAACUGGCCUAUCAUGAAGCCACUGGCAGACGGACAGCCUCAGAGAGACGACAGGCAGGAGAAAAUGGGCUGUACUCCAGCGGAGGGAUGGAGGAGUAUACUCAUGGCAGCCCAGCCAGCAGCAACAGCACUGGAACACCGGUAAACCGUGGCUCCUCGUUGGAGGACUUUUCCUCUGGCAGUCCGGAUCCAACCCUGCUGCUGUCUGCCCCCCCGACAGUGCCCAGCUUCUGUUGCACGGUGGGGGUAGACUGGAAGUCUCUGACCACACCCGCCUGUCUGCCUCUCACCACCGACUACUUCCCUGAAUGGCAGACCCUGCAGAACGACUACACUGAGGGCUGCUACGACCUCCUGCCACACACUGACCUGGAGAGGCGGGAUGAUGAGGCCCCGGUGAUGAGUGCCCCUCAGGUGUUUGAGGAGUUUAUCUGUCAGCGGCUGAUGCAGGGCUACCAGAUCAUCGUCCAACCAAACAAAAGGAAACCCCAGCCCGCUGUGGCCCCGCCCCUCAGCAGUAGUCCACUCUACACCAGAGGGCUGGUCUCUCGGCGCAGGCCAGAAGAGGAGGAGAGUCUGUACUGGCUCAGUAUGGGCCGUACCUUCCAUAAAGUCUGCCUGAAGGAUAAAAUCAUCACUGUUACCCGCUACCUUCCCAAGUACCCGUAUGAGUCGGCCCAGAUCCAGUACACCUACAGUCUGUGCCCCCCUCACUCUGACGCCCACUUCCUGUCCUGUUGGGUGGAGUUUGGUCACGAGAGACUGGAGGAGUACAAGUGGAACUAUCUGGACCAGUACAUCUGCUCUGCUGGCUCUGAGGACUUCAGUUUGAUAGACUCUCUGAAGUUCUGGCGGACCCGCUUCCUGCUGCUGCCGGCCGGGGGAGCUAGACGUGUGGCGGACGGGGAGGGGCACUGGGACGUUUACGGGGAGGGAGUGGGCACGGUGGCGGGCAGAGAGGGCAUGACGGGCACCGGGGACUGGGCCUUGCUGGAUGGCUUCAUCCGCUUCCUGGAGGGACUCAACCGCAUCCGCAGACGCCACCGCUCUGACAGGAUCAUCAGGAAAGGACCAGCGAUGAAGGGUUUGCAGGUGACUGGUCCUCUCUCUGCCUACCCUCCGGAGCCUGUAGCGCCCCCUCUGGGCAAGAAAGGCACCUCCGCUUUAUCAGCUCUCCUGGAGUUGGAGCAGAACCAAAAGACUCUAGAGGAGCAGCAACAACAGGGGAAACCCUCAGCUGCCACCAGUGAGUCUUCCACUGCCACCAUGACCACUACAUAUGUGGACAGCCCUCGCAAGGAUGCUGCCUUCAUUUUGGAUUUUAUACGUAGCCCUCGUUCCUCCUACAUCUAUCACACACAGGUUUCUACAGAUCCUGCUGAAGGAGGAGCCACAGACAAAGGUGGUCAGGUAGGGGCUGGGGUGGUGGCGACCAGUGGGGCUGCAGCCCAGGCAACAGGGGACACAGGACCCAGCUUAGCCACAGAAACCAGUGGACAGUCUGGUACUGGAGCCUUGUGUUUGUCCUCAUCCUCCACCCUGAUGGAAAUACUAGAGGCCAUCAAACACCCCACAACAGGUGUGCAGCUUCUACCUGAGCAGAAGGGCCUGCCGCCUAACUGCUUCAUCAGUGCUGAGAUCGUCCAUUGGCUGGUCAACAACGUAGAGGGUGUGGCCACACAAGGCAUGGCUGUCGACAUCAUGCAGAAGAUGCUGGAUGAGGGCCUGGUUGCCCAUGCAUCGGGGGAUGCCAUGAGGACCUUUGUCUAUGGCUUCUACUUCUACAGGAUAGUGGCAGAGAAAGACAGCGAGCGAGGCCCUACAUCCCAGCUGCCCCCUCCUGUGGCACAGGGCUGGUCAACGGCAGCCCUGGAGGACUUUGCCCUGUUUCAGAGGAAGUGGUUUGAGGUGGCUUUCGUCCUGGAGGAGCGUCGACCUUGUGACCUCCCGGCCUUCCUUCUGCCCUGGCUGCCCAGCCGGCCCGCCUCUUAUGCAAGUAGGCACAGCUCCUUCAGCCGCAGCUUUGGAGGACGCAGCCAGGCCGCAGCACUGCUAGGCAUUGGACCUCAGUACCCAUCCCCCAUACGGGCAACAACAGGGCUGCAUGUGAUUGCUGGUGAUCUAUCUACUCCAGCUUGCAGAGCUUGGGUUGGUGGCACACCUAAACCUCUUCCCAUUCUCAUCCCAACCCCCUCUGCCUCCAGUUGGAGCUUGAAUUGGCAUGUCAGUAUGUAAAGUACAGUACAUAUUACAUCUAAUGGUUGUACUCGUGCCGCUGUUGACUGAUUUGAAAACAACUCCAUCCAAUCAGAUCGCUGAUGGAUGUGAUUUGCAUCUACUUCUUCCAAUUAGAGCAGUAAUUGGUGUGGUAGUUCUCUUUUCCGUCCAAUUAGAGAACUAGUUGGUGUGGUAGUGUUUAGUGCAUGGUGUGGUAGUAGUGGCUGUGUACAGUAGUGCAGUGGUGUGCAGUGCACUGUCCUCUUUGCUUUUUCUCUCUAUACUAUUUAAUGCGUUUCCACUAUAAAAUGUUGUGAGAAUGUUAAUGCAUUUAGGGAUUCUUCACCAAUCCUUCUUUCUCUGUCUCACUGUGAUUUUUCUUACUGUGAUUUGAUGCUGUUUAUGCUGCCACUUUUACAGCAAUUUAGAGGCAAUCUGUAGUUGCUACAUGCAUUUUUGGAUUUAUAAAGUAGGGAAAGGGGGAUAUCUAGUCAGCUGCACAACUGAAUGCAUUUAACUCAACUGCUCUGAAUCAGAGAGGUGCGGGGGGGCAUCCAUAGCUCUGUCUAUUCAUUUGAGAGUGGUUACAUUUCUCCAGGCCCAUCCCUCAGCUUUUUCCAAAGCAGGGUGACCGCUUUGUAAUUGUUUCAACUAAGGAUUGCCCCUUUAAAUUACUGAUGAGUUUGGAAUGGAUUUCUGGUUUAUAUAAACCAGCUUAUUGCCAUGAAAAUGUCUGACACUGGGAGAGAAACACCCCUAACAGUAGGCUAUGCCCCCAUCUGCUCAGAAAACAGAUAUGGUCAUUGUACCCAACAUUGCUGAAAACAUAAAUGCAAAAACUUUUCUCCCAUAAAAUCUGGUUUAUUUGGACACUUUUCUGUGAGAUUAAUAUGAGUUGUGAAUCAUAAUUCAGUACCAUUAAAAUAUAGUAAUUUAUACAUAAACUCAAUGGUUCCUCUCCAGCAAAUCAUGAAACAAUGACACCAAAAUCUAGCUGUAGAAAGAAUUUAUUGUAUGCGUAUGUUUGUCAUGAUGACCAUGUUUGUGUUGUCUCCAGUGAUUAACAGUGUACUGGUAAUUUAAAACCUAUAGGCCUAUUUUUAAUUU